GUGUGUGUCAUUAAAUAUAUUGGUGUGCAACUGUUUUGUUAGCUGUGCAAAUCAAUUAUAUUUUUUUUCAAAUCUCUGAUUCAGGAUAAAUUAAAAUUUCAGCUUCAGAAUUUAAGAUUUAGAUAUUAUAUUAUAUUAUAUUACUUAAAAACAACGCAUUAAAAUAAAAGUCUGUCGUUAAGGUGGCUAUAAAAUAUUUGACUUGAGUUUUGAUAUUUAUUUCACCGCGACUUUCAUCAAAUUAUUCAUUGGACUAUACCAUGUAUAUAGUUAUUACCUCGAACAGUUAAACUUGUGAGAUUCAGUACCAAAUGACCAACUGAAUUUCCAAAUACCCAAAUCAGAGUUAAUUUUCGUUCACCCAUGAAUUAGCACAAGCUGACUCCGGGUAAGCACAGAGAGUGGUAGCAAACAUCCUCUGACCACCAGUCAUUCCAUCUGACACCCUUUGGAUUUCUUUCUGCUAGAGAGAAACACGCAGCAGCCAAAGGAAACCAUGAAGCCAGAUCACCACGCCAAGAUGGCCGCCCAGAUGAAGGAGCGUCUGAAGGUAGAAGAGCUGGCCGAGAACAUCGACGAACUGGAAGAUGUCGUGGAGAAUGCCUUCCCUGUCCUGCUGGUCACUGUCCUUGUGUCCAUUUUCCUGCUGGCUAUCUUCCUUGUACGCAUGUACAUCAGAUACACUGUAGAGAACCCGAGCAAGAAUAGAAUGGAUGGGAAAACAGUUUUAAUUACUGGAGCCACUAGUGGUUUGGGGAAAGCCACAGCCAUCGAGCUGGCCAGGAAGAACGCAAGGGUUCUUAUCACUGGACGAGACAAAAUCAAGGUGGAAGCCGUGGCCAGGAACAUCAGAAAGAAGACGGGCAAUCAACAUGUCAAUGCUCUCGUCCUUGACCUUGCCAAUCUCAGAGGCAUCCGAGAAUUCUGUGAAGCCUUCUGCAAAGAUGAGAAGUACCUGCACGUGCUUAUCAACAACGCAGCUUACAUGGGCCCUAAAGCAGCGACAGACGACAAUUUGGAGAGAUGCUUUGGAGUCAAUUAUCUAGGUCACUUUUACCUGACCUACUUAUUGAGUGACAAGCUAAAGAAAAAUGCCCCUUCCCGAGUCAUCAACGUUGUGUCAGACUCCUACGCCAUCGGUCAGUUGGACUUUGACGACAUCGCCCUGAACAAAGGCUACGACGUGUUCAAAGCCUACGCCAGGUCCAAGUACGCCAUGAUGCUGUGGAACCUGGAACACCACAGGAGAACCUAUUCCAGCUGCAUCUGGACAUUCGCCGUUCACCCCGGUGCUUGUGCCACUGAGUUACUUAGAAAUUACCCAGGUCUCACUGGCAACCUCUUAAGAAUUGUAUCAAGAAUUAUGUUCAAGGCACCAGAAGAUGGCUGCCAGACCAUUGUAUACCUAGCUGUGGCAGACGGCCUUAGGGAAUUUUCUGGUAAGACAUUCGCCAACUGCAAAGUCAUCAAGACCCAGGACAGGAUCAAAGACAAAGAGGUAGCCAAAGAGCUCUGGAAUAUCAGCGCUCACCUGUGCGGAUUCGAACCCGACACCCCGUAUGAAGAGCAGGAGUCGACAGAGGCUAAAGAAACCACCACUCCAGAUUCACCAACCGCGGACAUUGCGGCAGCGGCAGCCGUUUCAGAGCCAAAGAAAGAUAAAUAAACUAUUUUGUUCAAGUCGGGAUCACCAAUGAAACAUUCUGCGAGCAAGAGUGAAAACCAAGAGACGAAUUUGUUCAUGUUUUACUUAGAACAGGAAAUAGUUUUCCUAGCCAGAAGUAAAAGCUUGAGUUGCCACUUUGACGUUUGUGAAUAUCAGAGAUUUUGAAAUAAAACUAAGAAAGUUUGUAGUUUAAAAGAAUAAUUUAUAACAGAACUGGAUAUAGGUGCAAUACGAAAAAAGUAAAGAACUUUUAAAGAAAUGUGUAACAAAAACAUACUUGAAAGCUUAACAACCAUUAUGAAAGAUAAUUGACCUGGCAUUUUAAAAGCAUUUUACAUUAGUAUAUUUGUAGAUAUAGGCUACUUUAGUAUUUUUCGAAAGCCUCUAGCUCUACAUUAAGAAUUUUACAAGAUUAAGCGCACACCAUAAAGGCCUGUGAAUUGUAUAAAACAUAUUCUCAAUACAUAUCAUAGUGUAGUUUCUUUCGAGCGUUAAGUAUCCCCAAGAAAUAUGCUUAUUUUUAGGCCUUUAAUCAUGUGACAAUGUUACUUGAGGUCUGACAAACCAAAGUUUAAGAAUUAUUUUUUGGGGGAUUAUGCUACAAAUGUUGGCCUAUUUUUCUUUUUCGCAAUUUUCAAUUUUAUGCUUUUAGUUUAGCAAUGUAAAUCGAAUGUUUAAGUUUGGCAAAGUAAAGCUAGCCAAAGAUUGUUUAAUGGGAUGUUGCCUUUGCCUAAGAAUGAUUGAUUGCAUGUGUUAGUGGAUUAUUACUUAGAACUAAAUAGCUCAUUUCAAUUGACUUUGUGCCAUAAAGUGUAGACCUCAACCCCUCCAAACCUUCAAAUGCAUACAUGUUUUGUUUAGGGAAUAUGUAUUGCGAUUUGAUACUUUUUAUAUCAAUUAAUACAUUCAUUAAUGACAUUAUCUAAUGUGAGUGUGUGUGAGUGUUGUAUCUUUUUAAAUACAGUAUUUCAUGAGAGAAUGACACGUGCGAAUAAUGAAACUUAUGUUUAAAACACUUCUACAAAGGAAACUUAUUUUAUUAUUCAGAUAUAGGUUAACAUCGAAAACAAACAAACAAAAAAAAAAGCCAUAUGCAUUUACUUUUAAUUUUCCAUGGUUAAUAAUGUCUGCUUGUGAUGUAUAACCAAUGCAAAUAGAACAACGAAAGACAACUCCAUAUCAAAGAAACUAUUGUUUCAGGUGUUAAAAGGAGCUGCCUCUGUAUUAUAUAUAAAUUUAUAUAUAUAUAUAUAUACAUAUUGAAUGGAUGAACCUUCGAAUCGUAUGAAGCUAAUGUGCCUUAAAAUUAUUAACAUCUUUACAUAUUUUUUUUUUACAAUUAUUUGAACUAUUGUCUUUCCAAAUUGCUUUUGCUGAAAUUAUGUGCUUGUUUUAUCAAUGAAAUGGUUGCCUUCAAUCAAUCUAUGCAAUAUGUUUAUAUAAUCGAUUCCAUACAUUCGGAAUCAUGGGAAGAUUUAAGGAAUACGUCUGUUGAAUUAAUUCUACGGUAGUCCGUAACAGCAAACUUAUGUCUGGAGUUUGUAAAGGGGGAAAAAAGUAUGAAAUUUUACGUAUGGUAAAAUCGUAUCGCUAAUUGUAAAAUAAUAAAAUAAAUAAUUAUCAUCGGCUAUUAAUUGUGUUGCUAACCAGUACUUUCCUUUCCACCCCAUUCAAUUAAAAAAAAGGUUAAGUUACAAGCAAGUGGUGUCGCUAGGGAGUGUGAUGGGUCACAGGGGAUGACACCAAAAUGGAUUUUUUUAAUAAGUUGAAUUGGUAGAAGCUAGAUACUGGAUCAAAGUUCAAAAUUUUAAUAUCUGUGAUUGUUUUUAUUGUGAAAAUUUAUUUAGAGAAGAGGUGGAUGUAUGUUGAGGUUAGACAACACUAGCGAAUCGCACCGGGCGACACCAACCUUAGCGACGCAUCUGCUACAAGCUCCACUCUGUUCUAACUCCCCCCACCCUCACAAACACUGGCAGAUAUACCAAUCCUCUUAAAAAAAAAAAAGAGAACAUCUUCUCCCAAGUGCACUGUUUGUUUAAUUUUUUAAAAAAUGUGUAUACAUUUGUAUCAUUAAAUUGUCAUGGACGUCUGCUAGUAGCCAUAUUUAUAAUUUGUAUUUAUUCUCUACUUUGUGUGUGUGUGUGCUACUAUAUUAGUUGUAGCUUACAUUAGUUGGUUUUAUAUCUUAUUUAUUUCAUUUUUUUAUUGCUAGUAAGACUUGAGUGUAUGAAAAAAAAAGUUUAUAAUUUUAAACAUAAAAAUAAAGAACUUUAUUUUUAAAAUGAAACAAU